CCACCAACCCUGGCGUACCAGCCCCACCUUCCUGCCGUGCCGGAAUGGCUCAACAAAGGCGACAACGCCUGGCAACUGACGGCAUCCACCUUCGUCGGUCUCCAAAGCAUGCCGGGACUCAUCAUCCUCUAUGCUUCCAUCGUAAAAAAGAAAUGGGCGGUCAACUCCGCCUUCAUGGCCCUCUACGCCUUUGCCGCCGUGCUCAUCUGUUGGGUCCUUCUCUGCUACCGUAUGGCUUUUGGUGACGAACUCUUGCCUUUUUGGGGGAAGGGGGCACCAGCCCUGGGGCAGAAAUAUCUGGCCCGUCAAGCAAGGGUGCCUGAGAGCACCCAUUAUCGAAACGACGGCUCAAUUGAAUCUCCGGUGAGCCAGCCGUUAUAUCCAAUGGCUACGCUGGUUUAUUUUCAGUUCACUUUUGCAGCGAUCACGAUGAUUUUGGUGGCGGGAUCGGUGCUUGGGCGGAUGAACAUUAGGGCGUGGAUGGCUUUUGUUCCGUUGUGGUUGGUGUUUUCAUAUACGGUGGGUGCAUUUAGUUUGUGGGGUGGUGGUUUUUUGUAUCAUUGGGGUGUUAUUGACUACUCCGGUGGCUAUGUCAUUCAUUUGUCGUCGGGCAUCGCUGGUUUCACCGCCGCUUAUUGGGUUGGACCAAGGUUGAAAAGUGAUAGGGAAAGGUUCCCACCUAAUAACAUCUUGUUGAUGAUCGCUGGAGCCGGACUGCUAUGGAUGGGAUGGUCGGGUUUCAACGGCGGGGCUCCAUAUGCCGCCAACAUUACUGCUUCUGUAGCCGUAAUGAACACAAACAUAAGUGCGGCCACAAGCCUGUUAGUUUGGACUACUCUUGAUGUGGUUUUCUUCGGAAAACCAUCGGUCAUUGGGGCCAUCCAAGGUAUGAUGACGGGCCUCGCCUGCAUCACCCCAGGAGCAGGGGUGGUGCAAUCAUGGGCGGCGAUAGUGAUGGGGAUACUUGCCGGUAGCGUUCCAUGGUUUACGAUGAUGAUCCUUCACAAGAAAUCAGUUUGGCUUCAACAGGUGGAUGAUACACUAGGUGUGUUUCACACCCAUGCCGUAGCCGGUCUAAUGGGCGGGUUGGUGACGGGUCUCCUGGCCGAGCCUACGCUAUGCAGCAUGACUUUGCCGGUUAGCGGUACACGAGGUGCAUUUUAUGGCGGAAGUGGAGGGAAACAAUUCCUAAAACAAGUGGUUGCAGCGUUAUUUGUGAUCGGGUGGAACAUUGUAUCCACGACCAUCAUUCUUCUUGUUAUUAGAAUAUUUAUGCCAUUACGGAUGCCUGAACAUGAAUUGUUGAUUGGUGACGAUGCGGUUCAUGGAGAGGAAGCAUAUGCGUUGUGGGGUGAUGGCGAGAAGUAUGACCCAAAUAGGCACGGCUCGGUUUUUGGAGCAGCCGAGAUAACACCAAAUGAUUUCGGUCAAAGCACGGCCAGGGGAGUUACUAUUAAUCUCUAGGUUUAUAUAUUUGUAUUCAUGUGUGAAUUUAUUCUCAUUCGUAUUGUUGUAUACAUAUCGGCAUGAUGCAGUGUAUAAAGUUGAAAACAAAGAUUGAUCUUGUUGAUUUUGUGGAUACCCGAAACA